CUAUCGCUAACGAUAACGAUACCUAAAUCAGGUGUGGUGACACUGAUUUUGCAAUCUAGCACGCUGCACGUUUGUUUUGAUUUUGUUGGCGCAGAAGAUUCUCUAUAUGGCAAAAACCAAGCGAAAUGUAAGGGCCAAGGCCAAAAGUGUGGUUGGAGCGGCAAAGCAGAAAGCGCAGGAUAUUAAGACGAAGCUGCGCCAGGAUCAGCUGCUCCACAAGACGCUCACUCCAAAAAAGACGUCGACCAAAAAGGAGAAAUCUGAGGCGAAACACAAGAAGCUACUCAAACGCUUUGCUGAAACGCGAAAGGAACGCAAAGAGGAGCAUGCACGCAAGAAUCUAGAGAAGACCAAGGUCAUUGGGGAUCUUAAGCCACUACGGGAUGCACUGCCAUCGCUACAGGACAUUUACAACCUGGUGAAAACUAAACAAAAGGAUGCCACCGAUCAGACAGUUCUUACAGAACCGGUAGUCCCUCUUAGUGCCAACGAAAAAAUAAGGAAAAAACGCACGGAUAUGGUCAACCGAGUGAAAUCCUUCGAAAAAAUCAUUAAAGACAAGAACUUUAAGAAGAAUCCCCGAGAAGUCAUAGCCUCUCACGUGCGCAACAAAUAUCAGGCUAUGGAAGAGGACGACGAAGAAUAGAAGUCAUAUUUAAUAAAUACCAAAAUAUUUGCAUUUUUUAUUUUUUACAAAAUAUGAACAUGACACUGAAAAUAUGCCAGAAAUGUAAAACCUGUUAGUGCCUUCAACUACCAAAAAAUUGUUGGCGUAAAUUUAAGAACUAACUUUAAUAUAGGCAUUAUUAUUAAGAAAACAAAUGAGUUUCAUUAAAAGAAAUUAAUCAAGAAAUGAAA